AUGGAAGCGGAAAAGGAACUAUUGCAAAUUUUAGAAGAUAAAAUAUCAAUGUUUCAAAAAGUGUUAGUUAAUUUCAAGAAAUGUCCUAAGGCUAGGCUUACGAAAGGUUACAUUACCGUGAGACUACAAACUAUUCAAGAAUAUUGGCGAGACUUUACGAAUGCACAUUUGGCCCUAACUAGAAAAGUACCUAAACAAAAUAGACAGAAUUACCCGUACUUUGCAAACGACGAGUACUACGAAGUUGAAGAAUUAUACUUGGGUUUACAAGCGGAUUUGACUGACUUAUUAUCCGAGUGCUCGCCGUCAGCCACCAGCCGGCAGUCAGCAGGCGCAGCCAGCACCAACAUGGAGGCCGCUGACGCGUCGCAGGUCAAGCUACCAAGGAUACAGCUGCCUACAUUCUCAGGGUCUUACGAAGAGUUCCCGGCCUUCAAGGAUUUGUUUACAUCAUUGGUAGACAACAAUGUUACACUUAGCAAUGUCCAAAAGUUACACUACUUGAAGAGUAGCAUCAAAGGAGAACCAGAGUCGUUACUGAAGCACAUGCAAGUUGUAGAAUGCAAUUACGAACCAGCGUGGAAACUGUUACAAGAACGAUACAACAAUAUGAGACUUAUUACCAACUCUGUGUUGAAGCGAUUAUUUAACCAAAGGAAGAUCUCUGCACCUACAGCUGACAACAUUCGUUCACUCUUAGACACAACUAAUGAUUGUCUAAACAGCCUGAGAAACCUAAGCAUAUCAACUGAUUCUUGGGAUCCAGUCAUCAUAUUUCUGGUCAUUCAGAAGUUGGACCCAGAGUCACAUCAAGAAUGGGAACAAUCAGCAUUCAAUGGUAACAGCGCAGAACUACCUAAGUGGACGGAGUUAUCAAGAUUCUUAGAAACUAAAUAUCGAACACUGGAGCUAGUUAACCCACCACAGAGACAGAAGAUAAUACAGAGCCAAAACAGAGAAAGAGAAUACAAAGUUCAUGUUUCUACGGAUACCAACAGUAACAAUAACUAUAACAACAAGGAGAAAUGCUGCUCAAUGUGCAAAGAAAACCACACCUUAUGUCAUUGUACAGAGUUCAUAUCAAAGGUACCAAGAGAGAGAUGCGAGUUCGUGAAAAACAAUCAACUAUGUUUCAAUUGUUUGGCCCCAGGACAUUCAGCUUUUAGAUGUCGACUCAGAAUGUUCUGCCGAGUAUGUAAGAAGCGUCAUCACACGCUACUGCAUGAGACCUAUCAACCAAACAAUGUGGAAUGUCACCAUGAUACAGCUACCAACGAGAACAACAACAACAAUGAACCAGUCUCAGAGUUAUCAACCAACAUAGCAACCAACACGUCUACUGCGCUCCUGGCUACAGCCCUAGUACCAGUGAGAGAUGAAUCAUCAGGACGUGUCACCAUGUUAAGAGCACUAAUCGACAAUGGAUCACAAGCAAGUUUUAUUAGUGAGAGAGCCGCCCAGUUACUUAAGCUGAAGAGGAUACCCUGCAAUGGUACAAUCACUGGCGUCGGCACAACAAAGACAACAGUCAAACACGUAGCACAAAUUGAGGUUCUUUCAAGCCAAGAUAACAAAUUCAGCCUCAAAUUGAAAGUUUAUGUAAUGCCUACGCGUUUAACAUCACAAUUACCAACGAGAGUUAUCUCUGAACGCACCUGGUCACACAUUCAUGGUAUAGCUUUAGCUGACCCCGGCUUCAACCAACCUGGACCUGUAGACAUGCUGCUGGGUGUAGAAGUGUGUGCCGCAAUUAUGAAAGGCGAGAUUAUCAAGGGUCCCCCAGGCACCCCUAGUGCUCAAAAUACCAGCCUUGGGUGGAUUCUCUUCGGGCACAUCACUACAAAAGAACACAGAGAUGAAUAUACAGUAUCCCUAACAAUAAUGCACCAUCAGAUUGAUCUGGAAAUAAACAGUAUGCUAAAACAAAUGUGGGAAUUGAAUGAUCAUGAGCAAAAGAUCCUAACCGCAGAAGAGAGAAGAUGUGAAGAAAUAUAUGAAUCAAAUCAUUCCAGAACAGAAGAUGGCAGGUACAUUGUGAAGUUGCCUUUUAAAACAGAGAAUAGAUUAUCAAUACAUAAUGGAUCGAGAGACAUAGCUCUGAGAAGUCUAAAGCAACUAGAAAGACGCUUCGAAAAGAAUCAAAAGCUAAAGGAAGAAUACACAAAAGUGAUAGAAGAAUAUCUUGAGAUGGAGCAUAUGGAAGAAGUACCUAUAGAAGAAAUCAACAAGCCAGCUGUAUACUUACCUCAUCAUGCAGUUAUGAAGGAAGAGAAAGAAACAUCAAAAUGUAGAGUGGUAUUCAACGCCUCAUGCAAGGGAACCAACAAUACUUCCCUGAAUGAUGAACUGCUAGUUGGUCCACAACUACAAGAAGACAUGCGAAGCAUUAUAAUGAGAUGGCGCAUGCACAAAGUUUGCUUCGCUGCUGACGCAGUUAAAAUGUACCGAAUGAUAUUAAUAACAGAGGAGGACAAAGAUAAUCAAAGAAUCCUAUGGCGUAAAAGUAGAGCAGAACCUGUAAAAGAUUAUCGAUUAAACAGAGUAACAUUCGGAACGGCUUCAGCCCCUUACUUAGCCGUUAAAACUCUGCUUCAGCUAGCUAAAGAUGAAGGCCACAUUAACGAAGAAGCAGCUAAAAUAAUCAAAGAAGAUUGUUUCAUGGAUGAUAUAGUAUCAGGAAAGGAAACACUAGAAGACGCAAUCAAAACAGCUAAAGAUAUAGAGAAGAUAUUACAGAAAGGAGGUUUCAUAUUACAGAAGUGGUGCUCAAAUGACGUAGAUUUCCUGAAACAAUUCGAACCAUCAAAGAUUAGCACUCAUGUCAACAUUAAAUUUGGCAUAGAUGGUAUCAUAAAGACACUAGGCCUCAUCUGGAACAUGGGAGAAGAUGUAUUUCAAUAUCAAAACAACUUACCUGCUACAGCUGAAUCAUACACGAAGAGAAGUAUCCUGGCAGAAAUACAGAAGUUGUUCGAUCCUCUCGGAUGGAUUGCCCCGGCGAUUAUCCCUGCAAAGAUACUCAUGCAAAGAUUAUGGUUACAAAAAACUGGAUGGGAUGAAGACGUAGACGAAGAAGCAAGAGAAGAGUGGAUAGAACUUAGAGAGAAAUUUCAAGAGCUGGACCAAGUACAAGUAAAGAGAUGGCACGAAACGACUGAAAGCAACAGAGAUCAUACAUCUAUACAUGGUUUCUGUGAUGCUUCCACCAAAGCCUAUGCAGCAGUAGCAUAUCUCAGAGUAGAAGACAAAGAAGGAAAUGUAACAACCAACAUAAUAGCCGCUAAAACUCGAGUAGCACCACUUAAACCAGUAACACUCCCUCGUCUGGAACUAUGCGGUGCAGUACUGCUUGCAAAGAUGCUGAAACAAAUAAGAGAAGCCAUGAGGAUUUCUGAAAGUAAAGUUCAUGCUUGGACAGACUCCACAAUCGUACUGUCCUGGUUGUCUGGAGAUCCAGCAAGAUGGAACACCUUCGUACGUAAUCGAGUUGUUACUAUCUUAGACGAUGUUAAUAACAAUUGGCAUCAUGUCCAGACUCACGAGAAUCCAGCAGAUGUAGCUACGAGAGGCAUUGAAAUAGGAGAUUUAAAGGAACACAAACUAUGGUGGAAGGGCCCACAGUGGCUAAGAGAGAAAGAAGUCAUCUACAGCAAACCGGCAUACCUGGAAACAAACCUGGAAAAAAGAGAAAAGAUAAAGAUUAAUACAACAAUAGUAAAUGAUGAUGAAAACAUAGAGAAACAAUUUGAAAACAUGGAAGAUUUAACACAACUCCUCAUAGUCAUCACACACUGCAGAAGAUUCAUGCGAUACAAGAAAGAUAACCUGAAAGAAAGACCUAUAACUACAAAGGAACUGAAUGAAUCACUAAACGCAUGCAUAAAAAUAGUUCAAAGAAAUAAUUUCGAAGAAGAAAUAAACAGAUUAAAAGAAAACCUUGAAGUCAAAAGGGAAAGCAAGUUAAGUUUACUAAAACCAUAUAUGGAUAAUGAAGGAAUAGUCAGAGUGGGUGGAAGACUGAGACACGCAAACAUAGAAGAAGACAGAAAGCACCACAUCAUUAUACCAAGUGAAGCAAUACACUUAGAACUUGUCGAAGAUCUGACAUCAGAGGCAUACAUAGGUGCAUACAGGAGAUUCAUCUCAAGACGAGGCCGCUGCUCGCACCUAUGGAGUGACCAGGGAAGAAACUUUAUCGGAGCCGACAAGGAGUUAAAAACAGCAUUGAAAGAGGCUAAACUCGAUUUUGAAGGAGACAUAGUAGAGACACUUGCCAAAGAUGUAACUCAAUGGCAUUUCAUUCCUGGAUAUAGCCCUCAUAUGGGAGGCUUAUGGGAGGCGGGCGUCAAGUCCAUGAAGUACCACAUGAAAAGAAUCCUGACCUCUCACCUCACGUUCGAAGAGAUGUCUACACUCCUGUGUCAGAUAGAAGCCUGUCUUAACUCCCGGCCUAUAUCUACAAUUGAAUCGGAAUCUGAAACAAUGACACUAACACCAGGCCAUUUCCUGAUCCGCGAAGCGCCUGUGACUGUUCCAAACCCAGACCUGAAGUCAGUGAAGAGUGAAUACCUCGCAAGAUUACAACAAAGACCAAAAUGGCUAAAGAAAGUACAGGAAUUUGAAAAAAGACAAAUUGUACUUAUAAAAACAGAAAACCUGCCACCCGGCAAAUGGAGUCUCGGCCGCAUCGUGGACAAGCACCCGGGCGCUGACGGAGUCACCAGAGUGUACAGUGUGAAGAGUGCUACUUUCUACUAG